GCUCGAGGCCAAUAUACACGCGGCUGAAUUUUAAUAAGAUACGUCGUACAGCGGAACUCUUAAUUUCACGAGUGGCAUUUUAAUUUAAGCGAAUUUUCCACGGAAACUUUGCACAGAAAUGGCCAACUGUCCUGCUAUGCAGGUUGACGAAGACUCUCCAGCUGUACCGAUGUCAAGCAGGGAAGCCGAGGCAGUCCAUGAGUAUGGGAAAACGUACGCACGGAAAUAUUCUGACUUCAGGGAUGAUCAAGCCACUGUUUGGACAAGCAUGUACGAGAAGAACCUUGGGAGGAAAGUCAGCCGCUUGCCGCCAUGGGAAGUCUCUGAGACAGGUCGAAAAGAGAGUGGCGAGAGGCAUUUCGGCGACCCGACCAAGAAAGACUUCGCUUCGGUUAUGCUGGAGAGAGCGGCAGAGGCCGGUGCUCUGAGCCACAAGACACAUUUUGAGACUGCGGAGCAUCGGCGGGAGAGGAGAAAAGUAAAAAAAGCAAGAAGUGAGAGCGAAUCGAGCAAGGAAGGAGGGGAAGGGAAAAAAGACAAAGAGAGGAACGCACGGACGUCCUCGCUUUGCGAGUAUGAUGAUGUAAACGCUGAAAACACCACCGGAAAAGAGUAGCUGAACCUGAACCAUGAACAAAAUACACACAAAUCUCUUAGGUUCUCUCUGCUGUCCUUGAACUCGGAAAUUAAGGUAUUUGAGCUUGAUUAAAGCUGCCACAAAUGCUUGAUUUUGCUCGCUGAAUGCACACGACUGAAUAUGGAAUUUUAUUCAGACGAGAGCUAAUUGAAAGUGUGUUAAUUCAUGAACGUUUCAUCGCGAAUGCCAGGUGGGAGAAUCGAUUUCAUCGGCUGCUCGAGAAAUCGCGUCAAGUUUAUAAUCGUGUUUAAAUUGGCAACGCUGUGAGUCUUCAUUCAAUGUACAUUUUUAUAACUAAAUAAUAGCGUUUUCAUAGAUGUAGAUUUUAGUUAGUUGAUUUGAAGAAAGUGUUAUUCAUUUCUUGAUAAGUUGCUGUAUUUAAUUAAACCUAAUGGAUAGUUACAUCUACUUCACGUCGCGUGUAAAACAGUCGAAGUGACCUUUAUGACGAGACAAAAGCUUUCAAAGUACAAAGCAAACACCUGCAGAAUUUUUAUAUUUGAGCGAAGGAAAAAGUUUUCUUUCUUAAAUACCUCAUCGACCUCAUUGUGAAUUUAUUUGUCAAUAUUUCCGUAGCGUGACUGCAGUGUGUUAUUUCGCCUCCAUGAGCAACAGCUUCAGUAUUAAGCGGCGUUCAUUGAAUGAGUCAGAAUAUGAUAAGACUAUUCCGAUUUUCGCGACAAACCUUGUGAAUGGAAGUAUUAGUUGUAAAUUGAUUGGACAUAUUAGAGCUGUAUAAUUAGAAGCUGUUCUGAGUUCGUUCAUUGCUUUCAAAGCUCGGCUAUUCCGUGAUCCUGCGAUUGCUCCAGUUUCCACUGAAACUUAUCGCGGUUUUCUGUCAAAACUCUUGGCUCAAAAGCGCGCGAAGGUAUCCCAAUAAAUUAAGCUGGUUGACUCAAUUACAAUUUUAUAAGACUCUGCUUGUCGCUCACAAAUACAACAGUUCCUGAACUUCGCCGUUGUUGCCUAGAUUUAGGAAAGGUUUUAUUUCAAAUGUAACGAAAAGCUCUGUUUCACGGAAAGCAUUUACUAUUAGUCUUGAAAGCUUCCUAAACGGAGCUUCGACGCACGUGAGUACUGAGACUUUUCAAGGCUUGUUGCGACACGCUGUGAACCGAUGGACUUGUAAUGAUCGCAGGGCCGUGCGAACCACUAAAAAAAUACUCGUUAUCCCUUAUUUACUCGUACUUAGUUUUAUCAAGGGCUCGUUUUUUAUUUCAAACAAUAUUCGAAAUAAUAUUGCCUAAGGGGUGCGUUUGGCAAACAACAUGUAAGUGCCUUUAAGUUUAAUUAUGCACAAGCUAAGUGAAGGUCAAGAGAGGUCCAACCUUUAUUACGAGAUUCAUUAAAUCUGUUAAUUACCUUAACUUCCUAUCAAAACGUGAAGUCUUUGCUUCGUGUUGUUAUAUUCUGGAAGAAAAAACUGACAAAUUGCAUAAACAGGAUGUGGUAUCGAAGUCAAGAAAGUUCGCAAUUCAAUUGCCAUCUUAUUUUUAGCCGUUCAUGCGAGAUCGAUUAAGCAGGAGGUCAAAUUCACCGGAGACUAGACACUUCCUGUUCCUCUGCAACUCCACCAAAAGUCACCUUUGAUCGAAAAAACCUAAACCAAUCUACAACGAACAUUGCACAGACCGUCAUAAGACCUUAGAUAGUGAAGACUGUCUCUCUUCAGUGUACGUUCGAAGUAACAGUAAUGCUCUUACUAAUCACUUUUCAGCCAUUAUCAUUGUUUGGUGAACACGGAGCAUGAACUUUAGAUUCUGAAACACACUUGUGAUCUGACCUUUAGAAGGAUUACAGCCGGACUGCGGACUAGUUUGAUUAAAGUAUUGAAACACCG